CAUCGCCCCUCGAUACAACAGCGACGUAAACAAGAUGGCGGAGAACGUGAAAGUAGCGGUGCGAGUGCGACCAUUCAAUGAGCGGGAGCUCAAGAUGAAGGCCACCUGCAUCAUCAAGAUGCACGGCAAGACGACGGAGAUCAGCGACCCGGCCAACAAGCAGGGCGAACCCAAGAAGUUCACCUUUGACCAGUCCUACUGGUCACAUGACGGGUACAAGGAAGGGCCCGAUGGGUACCUGGAACCGGCCAGCACGAAGAGCCCCUAUGCUGAUCAGCGACAAGUCUUCAAGGACCUGGGCAUCUCGGUGUUAGAGAAUGCGUGGAAAGGCUACAACUGUUGCAUGUUUGCCUACGGCCAGACGGGGAGCGGCAAGUCCUACUCUGUGGUGGGAUACGGAGCGAACAGGGGGAUUGUACCCGAAACCUGUGAGAAGCUUUUCCAAGGAAUUGAUGAGAACGUGAAGACUGCUGACAAGUCUAGGGAACAAGAAUACCAGGUGUUUGUGAGCAUGCUGGAGAUCUACAAUGAGCAGGUCCGGGACCUCCUGAACCCGAGCAGCUUCAAGGUCAAGGGAGGGUUAAAGGUCAGGGAGCACCCACAGAAAGGGUUUUAUGUGGAAUCGCAGAGCAUCUUCCCCGUGAAGAGUUACGAUGACAUCAACGGGCGGAUAAACGAGGGAACGCGGAACAGAACCAUCGCGUCCACCAACAUGAACGCAACUAGCAGUCGGGCACACACCAUCGUCUCCAUCAAAUUUGUACAAAAGGGUAAAAACGACACCGGACAGAACAUGACCAAGACAUCCAUCAUCAAUCUGGUAGACUUGGCGGGAAGCGAGCGGGUUGACAGCACAGGAGCCACCGGUGACCGGCUGAAGGAAGGCGCGGCCAUCAACCAGUCCCUGUCGUCGCUGGGGAACGUCAUCAAGGCGUUGGCUGACCAGGGAAUGGGAAAGAAAUCAGCAAGAGUGCCUUACCGCGACUCCAAACUCACCAUGUUACUUAAAAACGCCUUGGGCGGUAACAGCAAAACUAUCAUGAUUGCUGCCCUAAGCCCAGCGGACAUCAACUAUGACGAAACAUUGUCAACCCUCAGAUACGCCGACCGAGCCAAGGCGAUCAGGACCAUAGCCGUGGUGAACGAGAGCCCGACGGAGAAACUGAUCCGUGAACUGAAGGAAGAGAACGCUCGUCUGUUGCUGGAGCUACAGGGGAAGGGAGGAGGGGGACAGGCUGCUGUCAUGCAGGGUGUACCUGAAGAAGAGGUAGAGGGACUGAAAAAAGAACUGGAGCUGCAAAUGCAGAGGAACCAGAGCGAGAUGGACUCCAUGAAGCAAUCAUGGGAGCAGAGACUCAAGGAAGUCCAGUCAGUGCAAGAGGAAAAAUUGGCAAAGGAAAUCAAAAAGAGGGAAGAGAUGAAAGUCACACCGCAUUUCUGGAACUUGAACGAAGAUCCAGCACUGACUGGGAUGAUCGUCCACUUCACACACUCCGGGGUGACGAGGGUCGGAAAUCAGAAAGCGGAAACUACACCAGAAAUCAUGUUGACGGGACUCAGUGUACAGAAGGAACACGCUACCAUCACGAAUACGAAGGGAGUGUGUGUCCUGCAGCCCUGCCCUGGAGCUAAGGUGCUACUGAACGGUCAAGACCUCAUUGACAAGGCUGAACUGCAUCACAAUGACAGAAUCAUGUUUGGUUCCAGCCACCUGUACGUCUUUCACCACCCGCAAGAUCUGGCCAAAAAUCAGAAAGCUGGAAAGAAAGAGGAGAAAGUAACCUACGACACCGCGCAGGAAGAGAUCGCGGCCAACUCGGGAUUCGACAUGAAGAAGGGACCGGACAAAUCUAAAGAUGAUCUAUUGCUGCAAGAGGAGCUAGUCCAGCUGAUGCCCAUGGUCAACGAAGCCAACGCGAUGAGCGAAGAACUCAAGAAGGGCGUGCGAUUUGAAAUCGUCCUGAUCUCACCGCAGGCUAGGGGCAAGAUUCACGGCCGCACACAGUUGGCAGUUCUGAUGCGCUGCAACAACAAUGACAACGAGUUUCUCUGGGAUAGGAACAAGUUCCUGAACCGCAAGUACCUCAUGCAGGAGAUGUACCAGAAUUUUGUGGACGGAGACACAGACUGGGACAGGGAAAAGGACAAGGAUCCCUUUUGGGAGCCCCCGGACUCAGAAGUUAUGAUCGGCUGCACCCACGUCUACCUCCAGUCCCUGGGCUACCUGAUUGAAGUCGAAGAAUUCCUGGGAAUCACUGAUUACCGUGGCAAUGAGCAGGGUCUCCUGAAAGUUGACAUCUACCCUUGUAAUCGAGACGGAUCGGCGCUGGCCGAAGACGACUUUGUCGACGAGCCUAAGGAAUUGUUGGGUAGGCAGGUAGCCUUCAAGAUCGUCUUAACCCACGCUAGAGGUCUUCCUUUAAGAUUUCAGAAAAGUCGUUGUAAAUAUCGUUUCUACCUUGACAAGAAUGCAGAAGAGACGGCCGAAAUCAAAGGAACCUGCAACCCAGACUACAACUAUAAUAAGUUAGUGUCUGUCAACGUCGUCACAAAACAGCUUCUUGACUAUUUCAACAGUGGCACGCUGGUCAUCGAGGUGUGGGGACGUCAGUCUGACGCUAGUCACAAACCUCGGGUUACCCGGGGCCGACCAAAAACCGGCACCGAAAAAGGAAACAAUUUGGACGCAGAAGAAAAAUACCGCAUGGCUGUCGAACUGAACACAGAGAAAAAGAGAGUUGCAAGACUGGAAUCCAAACUACACAAGCUGAGGGACCUGGUCCUCGAUGCCAAAGCCCGGGGGGAAGAAUUUGUCGCGAUCAAGGACAUGGAGGCCGCUGUCAUGGGCGGGUCGUCGUCAAGCUUCAAAGCGGCCGCCCGAGUUGUCGCGAUCACCGAGAGCUCAAAGGCCAACGGAAAUGUGACAAGUACGACCUGUAAUGUACAAUGAAACAUCAAAUCUUCCUUCAAAUAAACUGAUUUUAGUUUGUGUAAAUGCUUUUAAAGAACUUGCGGAAAGAAUGUUGCAGCCUGACGCUGCUUUUCUCUUCAUAUAUCAUCUCAAUGAAGGUCACUCAUUGCAAAAAUGACGAUAAGACAUGAAACUGGAACUGAGAUUAUUAUAUUUAGUGAAAAACAUUUCCGAAUUUGUAAGGAAAUUUUCUUGACUCUCCAUUAGUCCGAGUAACUUGGACCCAACUUAUCGCCUUUUUAACAUCAAAUACACAAAUCUUUACGGCGCUGUGAAGUAAUGGUUGUAUUUUUGCUUUUUAAUUCAUAUAUGUCUUUAUGCAUUUUUAGCAUAUCUGUAUAUUAGUAUUAAAAAUGUGUAAAAAAAUUAAGGUGUGAAUUUAUAUUUUGUGAAAUUGCAACUUAUUUAAUCUAUCUAGAAUAUGUAAACAAAUAUAUGUGUAUUAAUGAGAAGAAAUUUUGUUGGAAAUUUCAGACGCAAUAUCAGACGCAGUAUUUAAAAGCAUUUGAAAACCUGUAUGCGUUAUACAGCAAGUUAGGACAUUUUCUUUUUCUGUUUCUUUAUUAUUUCUGCAUUUGUUUUAAUAACAAUUACAGAAAGAUUACAAGAAAUCAUCUCAUUUUCAUAAAUGUAAGUUUGUUUUACAGACAAGCAAGAUUUUGACCAAAAAGCAAAAAAAAAAAAACAACAACAAAUGAACAGGCUCCAUCAUAAUCCAUUGUUGGAAAAUUGUAUUUUUUUGAAUUUCCGUCCGUUUAUUUCGUUACUUGCUGUUACACUUUUGCUUUUUUUGUGUGUGUUUUAUCGUUUGUACAGUGUUCAGUGUUGUGUCCAUUGAAUUCUGCAGCUGUUGUGUCCGCUAUAAACAAAUAAAUUACAAUAUAGAUAAACAAAUAAAUAUAUAAAAAUAUAUAAACUUGACCCAGUUGAACCAGUCUUUGAAAAUAUUUAGUUGCAAUCACGUGUGCAUUGCAAGGUUUUUACAAAAGAACUGGACACCUUUUUUAAUGUACAUUAGUUUUUAAUAGACGUCAUGCAUAGCAGCCAUCUUAGAGUGCAGUGCCUUUGUGUUGCUUGGAUAUAUGCAUGAGUGAACCUUUUGUGUAUUCAGUGCUACUGAAUUAUAAUAUCUAUGAAAGAUGCUUUCUAAGAUGGUCGGUGCGCAUAAGGUCCAUGGCAUGGGCGUUGCCAGGAUUUUUUCUGGAGGGGGGCAAAACAUAUUUUUCCAAAAAAAUUC